AUGAGCAAACGGUUGAAAUACUCAGCUGAUAUAGCUACAUGCAGAUGGCAUUCCACCCAGCAGCGCUUUGUUGACAAUCUUCACCUGAAAUCGCCCCCGAUGGACGCCUAUGAGACUGACCGGGAUACGUGGGACGAAGUAGCUCUGAAAAAUUUCCUACCAGCCGACGAGAUAAAUCUAUUUCAUUCAUGGAAAGCUUGCCUUCAAAAUAAUGCUAAUUUCUCAGAUGUUCUCAGUCAAAUUCCUUCGCCCAGCUACCCAAGUUGUCUCCCUGCGCUAUGUUUCUGCGCUGCCCUAAGAAGUUGUGAUGAAGCUUGGCCAAAAAUUGAGGUUCUCAGUGCAUAUACGAAGCUAUGGCAGACUUUGCCAGAAGCAGUGAAGUCAUCUUCAGACACCAUCGCGGCUAGUUUCGUGAGUAGACUCCAGGAGGUUUUUUUUGGAUAUAUCAAGAGUCCAUUGCUACUGUUCAAAGCUUCCGAUUCUCCAGCCCUCAUCAAUCCCACAACGGAGCAAAGCAUUUCUCACAAGGAGUUGUCGACUUUCGUUCGCGCUUUCAGGAUUCCAUAUCGCUCGAGCAAGCUAUCUCCCAGUAAGCUUAGGGUAGCUUUGGCACUCCCGAAUGGAUUUCUUCUUGGAUUAGCCUGUCUUGCCGUAUCUUCUUAUCACACUGCAGCGCCAAUCAACAUCACAGGAGGCAUGCGACAAUUUCGAAGUGACUUAGAGUUAAUUCAACCAGAAGUAGUCUUAGUUCUUGAACAUGAUAUUCAAAAGCUUGGUCUAGACCAAGAUUGGGUACUGAAGACUGGUUUAGUAGUUCUUACUGUGGAAACCAAUACUUUAAUGACAUUCACUAUUCCGCCGCCUUCAGAUAUAACUCAUAGACCUGUUGAUGAAUGCUGUCCAAACAAAUCGACCGAUACCGCGUUUCUACUUUUAACUAGCGGAACUAGUGGGACUAAAAAACUAGUACCUGUAUCAACUUUGUCCCUAUUAAUCGGAGUUUCAUGCGUCAUUCGGUCUUGGGGUCUAUCACCAGACGAUAGCUGUAUCAAUAUGAUGCCUCUCAAUCAUGUGGGUGGAAUCGUCAGAAACCUGUUCGCUCCGAUUUUCUCUGGAGGCUCAACAAUUCUCUGUCCUUCGUUUGACCCAAAUCUUUUCUGGGAUCUAGUACAGAGCAACCAAGGAACAUGGUACUAUGCAUCACCGUCAAUGCACACCAGUAUACUAGCUGAAGAGGAGUUCAGAGAUUAUGUUCAUUCCAAUUCUAAAAUAAGGCUCGUAUGUAAUGCGGCCGGGGCUCUUCUCCCGGCUCUAGCCCUAAAGCUCCAGAAAACUUUUGGUUGCACUAUACUGCCUAGCUAUGGGAUGACAGAAUGUAUGCCGAUUUCAACACCACCAUUAGAUUACGUUUUGGGACGACCAGGGACUUCAGGUAUAUCCUGUGGGCCUGAAAUUGCAAUUAUGGACGAUGAAAAUAAAGCACUAUCAUCUGGUGAGAUUGGCCGCAUCUGUGUCCGGGGAGGAGGAACCUUUGCAGGCUACCUAGAAGCAGGCCAGAUAUCUCAAAAUACACUUACUCGAAAUGGAUGGUUUGACACUGGUGAUCUCGGAUAUCUCGAUGGUGAUAGUUACUUGUAUCUGACCGGCCGGGGAAAAGAGGUUAUUAAUCGUGGAGGAGAGAUUAUUUCACCUUUCGAAGUUGAGGAGGCCAUUAUAACUGCAUCUCAGUCAACCAGCUCAGCCAUAUAUAAUCGCGUGAAGGAAGUACUGGCAUUCUCUGCACCACACGAAGUACUUCAGGAGGUAGUUGGAGUCGUUAUUGUCCCUGACUCUAGGAGACCUCGACCAGAUAUUCGGAUGCUUCACUCUGCAUUGAAUGAUGUAAUACAUGCUUCUAAGAUACCUUUUGUAAUAGUUUAUAUGGAAGCCCUCCCCAUGUAUAACAACAAAGUAAUUCGCAUUAGGCUUGGAGAACGGAUGAACUUGGAAUCACUCAGAGACAACUCCAAAUUGCCACAAAGGCAUUUUUCCGCCAUCUGCCCUCCAGCUAAUAGCUCCUUAGAAUCACGCAUAGUAACCAUCCCAUGCAAAAUCGAUGCUCAGCUCAUAAAAGAGUCAAUUAAUCAAAUUUUCAGCUCAGAAUUUGACUUACAUGUCGGAAUACAACCAGAAAGUGGCCUGUCUGAGGUCAUUAUUGCACCCAAAGAUGACCAAAAGCUAUCUUCCGAUUUGAAAAUGACGGUUAAUGAGCAGCUUUAUUUGAAUGUCGAUGGCUACCAGAUUCCUGCGGACAUUUUGAUUAUUGAUUUUCCAAUUCCUUGGAUAAAUUCAACUACUGUCGAUGAAGUUGAGCUUAGCGGCAUAAUCAAUCGAUGCAAAACCAAGACAGCAAAUACCAACGGAGCUUCUGCUACACAAGUGAAAAUUAUUGCCGCGAUGGCCGAAGUACUCGGCAUACCCAAUCAUGUUAUAGGUCCUGGUUCGGAUUUUUUUCAAAUUGGUGGUGAUAGCUUGAGUGCAGGGCGAUUAUUAUCCACUUUGCGUCGUGACUUUAACAUUCGGAUUCCGAUUCAUCAACUCUUUGUGAUGAGCACUGUCCAGGAUUUAAGUACCUUAGCUAAUGAGAUCGUUUUGACAUCAGCUACUAAGUCAGACGAAAUCCCGACCUCAGAAGUCGAUCAUGAGCCGAUCAAAAUGUGUAGCUCUACAAAUCCCAUGGUGCUUAUAAUUCAGCUUCUACCCAUUAUUUUUUUCUAUCCAAUUAAGAUGGCAUUCUGGUUUACUAUGUUCAUUUACUCUUUAAGCAUCAUCUCGGAUUAUUGGCGAGAAUCAAACUUAUUAGCUCAACUUUUGACUCUGCUCGUCGCUUUAAGUCUUUCGCGCCUCUCGACUCAAAUAGCUUCACCGGUGUUUGGAAUUAUACUGAAAUGGGUUAUCAUUGGACGUUACAAGGCUGGAAGCUAUCCUAUGUGGGGUACAUAUCACACAAGAUGGUGGAUUGUUGAUAAAAUCUUGAUGAUUUAUGGGAAGGGUGUAUUCCGGUACUCUCAUGUGUCUCGGCUGUUUUAUUAUCGAGCACUUGGAGCUCGUAUAGGACAAGGUGUUACUAUUGAGAGAGGAACUAAUAUUGGAGAGUAUGAUCUAUUAGAUAUAGAUGAUGACGUUUACUUGGACCGCUGUACAUGCAGGCCCUUUGCCUGCGAGAAAAAUACAACAAUGUUUCUCGGUAAAAUCAAACUAGGUAGAAAUAGCAGCGUUGGAUUGAAAUCAUACGUUGCUGCUGGCUCAACUUUGCCAGCUGAUACUUUCAUAGGACCUAACUCAUCUUCGUACGAAAUAAACGAUGCUGAAGAUGACAAUCGUGGCGACACCAACGGCAAGGUACCGGAGCCCCAUAUACUAUUAAAAAUUCUUGCCAUAUACCCUGUACAGAUAAUGGUACUUUCUAUCUCUGCCAUUCCUUGGAUUAUGGCUAUAAUUGGGAUGGUUGAUAGCAAGCCUUCGGGUAAUUCACACAAUGGCGUUUUAACUAUAAUCAAGUGGCUUGCUUCCCCGCGACGAAUUGCCUUCCACUAUUUAGCGGUUCUUUUUCACCAAAUUUUGAAUCCAAUAGUCCGCUUUUUGAGUGUUGUCUGCGUCAAACUUAUACUCGACAAAAUUUGCGGAAAAACGACUGAUAGUAAGAUCAGUAAUCUUUCAAGCUUGCAGAUCUUUCGAAUAGGAAUGUUGGAUGCAUUAAAUCCUAGUCAGGCUUUGCAAAGUGUUGUCAAGCUAUUUGGGAACCAUUACGAAUUGACAUCUGUAUCAGCUCGCGCGCUUGGUGCAAAAGUUGGGAAACGAGUUUACUGGCCCGGAAGAGGACCUUCAGUUCAAGACUAUGAUUUACUAGAGAUUGGAGACGAUGUAGUUUUCGGGUCUCGAUCCUAUCUUUUAACUCGUGAUGGAAUCAGUUUAGCUUCUGUUAAAAUUGGUGCGGGCUCUAUGAUAGCAGAUCGAGUCGUGAUCAAUCCCGGUACCGUAAUAGGAUACCGGGCGGUCUUGGGGAGUGGAACAACGACACGACGGAGACAAUUUUGUGCACCAGAGACGGUCUGGAUAGGAAAAAAAAACGGAAAUGCUAUUUGCCUUUCUCAAGAAAAGAUAGCCGGGACAACCCAAAGUCUUGAGUUCAAAGAAGCUUUUGUAUUCCCAGACGAAGAGGAUCAGCCUUACAGAAAAGAAACGAAUACGAGCGAUAUGGUGGGGAGCGAAACGACAGAGCAGCCUCACGAGGAAAUAAGUUCAAACGAGACUAGAAAAAAAGGAUUGCACGCUGAAUCGUACGACCCGAGUCUAGGGUACGAGUACCCGAAAGAACUUGACGGAAAAACAAUCUCUCCGUUCGGCCGCGCGUUUUAUGCACAUCAAGCCCCCUAUCACGUCUUAACCCUCCCUACUAUUUUCUUAUACUCGUCACUGAGCAUAUUUUUAACGAGAGCUCUCUGGAAUAUAAGCACUACUGUGAAUCUGGUUCUCUAUUUUCUAGCGAAAAGCACUGGCCUUCUAUGGCGACGUCCGUCACGAUCCUUGAUAAUUUAUGGCCUUAACGUUUGUCUUAUGUCAACCUUUAUGGUAUUCGUCACCAUAUCAGCUAUAGUAAUUGUAGUUGCUGCUAAAUGGAUAGUGAUUGGUCGUCGUCAGCCUGGCAACUACGAUUGGGAUAAGAGUAGCUACUGCCAACGCUGGCAAUUAUUCCUUACCAUUGAAGGUUUUCGUUCACGUUGCCUUGGCGGCAACGGCGUGCUGAAUCUAUUCACUGGAACCUAUUAUAUUGUUCUGUAUUACCGAUUACUUGGUGCUCGUAUAGGCAACAAUACGGCCCUCUUCGCUGGAGGCUGUCCCUCGGCCUUCAUUACAGAGCCGGAUCUCCUCGUAAUUGGUAACCGUGUAGCUAUCGAUGACGCUAGUUUGGUUGCUCAUAUUAACUCGCGCGGUACAUUCGACCUGCGUACCCUAGAGAUUGCCGAUGGCGCGGUGCUGCGCAGCGGAAGUCGCCUACUCAGCGGGGCGAGUAUGGGACGCAAUAGCCGGCUACUAGAGCACACCUUAAUUAUGGCGGGCGACCGGGCGGAUGAAGGCCUUACCUAUCAGGGUUGGCCUGCCGAGGUCUAUACCAACAACGGUGUUGCUUGA